AUGGCAAACCGCUCCCACGCCGAGACGGCGAGUCCUACCCUCUUCUUCCUCUCCGUCUACGACGACGGUCGUCCUCUGGCUCGUCGACCUCGUCCUCUGGAAAUGUCCAACUCCCGCCGCUCUCCUCCCGCUCCUCACCAGCGCCCUCGGCACGCCAUCUCGAUAUUUGCCCUUCGGAACAGGCUACUUGUCCUCCAGGGCAUCCAGUUCGCCGCCCUGCGCCCGCAUCUCGCCGAGAACAGCAUGAUUCUCAGCGCAACCAUGUUGCUGCUGUGGCGAAGAAAUGAGCACCACCACGGCGCGUUACAACCGCACAGGGAAUACUCGGCAGAAUGA